AUGGCUUUCAGAGCAGAUAAAAUAGCUGUUUUGAUCAUCCUCUUCUUGGGGAUUACGGUGAGUGUGGAAAUCGGCAGUGCAAGAGAUGUUGCUAUAAAAACUGAUGUUACUGUACGUGGAACCACUUUUAGAGUGUCUGGAUACAGUGCAUGCUGUAAUGAAUUGGUUCAAAGCUGUUGUACAAAUGCUGAUUCUGCUCCUCAACAAGAUCCCAAGUCUGCUGAUCAUAAACUUGGCAUUGCUCUAAGGCACUGA